UCUUUCCUUAUCCUCUUCGCUUCACUGUUGGGACGUAGCUGUAACUCCGGAUCACCGCUUCCCAUGCCGGACUUUUGCUGAUCGUCUGUCCUCGCAACAUUCACUAACCACUCAACCCACGCACGGCUUCUGCGGGAGCGCGGAUGAUCACAGUGCUAUGGUCGGUUCUGUAGCGUGAAGAGUUUCGCCAUGUGGGCCUCCAUGGAGGCUCGUUCUUUGAGCUUCUCUUGUUCCAGUUCUCUGUUUUCUCCAUGCACUAGCCAUUGCUUUCGAAUCUCGGGAAAGUGCCCCCUGAGAGUGUGUGUUCGCAAGAGGAGGUCAAUUCCUUGCGUUUUCUCCGAGCCUGCAUCCCCUGGAAAUUCCUCUUCUUCCCCUGAUUUUGGCCUCGUCUCCACCACAGAGUGUUCUGAUGGCAGUCUUGUUUUUCGCUUCGGUGAUGUGAGGGAAGCGGAGAGGGUGGAUGUUGAAACGGAGGAAUUGGAAGGUACUGGUGACGACGAUGUUGAUCAAGUUGCUUCCGCAACUUUCUCCAAUGAAGAUGGUAAAACGGUCUACUUGCGAGAGGAUCUUCAUAUAGACCACAAGAAAGAAGUUGCAGACAGUAACUUCAACCGUACUGCAAAAGAGAAAGCUGAAUCCCAUUCAGUAGCUGAAUUUGGAGGGGACUCACCUGAACUGAUCGAUGAGAUAAUUUUAAAUAGAGGAGAUUAUUCGGGUAUGGCAGAAGUUGUGUCUGUUGAAAGUCCUCAGUCAAUUGCAACAACGUUGGAGGAUGCUGGGUUCAAUGUGGCUACAAGUGAUUCCUUUGGUCCUACUCCUGAUUGUGUAGGUAGUAUAAGUAAGGAGGGAGGAUUGAUGGAGACUAUUGAGCGGGAUUCUCCCGCUUCAAUUGGCUUUUCCAAACUUAGUGAUGCUGUAAGUAAGGAAACCAUUAGUAUCAGCGAGAAUAAUCAUGAUGCUUCACUUACUACUGAUUCGAAGUCACAUCCCACGGAGGACAUGGCAACCGUGAGUGAUGUAGAGGAAGUUUUGGAAAUGAAGACUGUGGAUGAAGAUAUAGCCCCAGCCUCACUUAAAGCUGACUCAAUAGUUGAAGUGUCUAGUGACGGUCCCUCUGAGGAAAGUAUUCAGGAAAAUGUUCAAACGGAUGGUUCAACUUUUCCUGAUACUGCUGCCGCAAUGGAAAAAGUAGAUAUGUCAAUCAAAGGUUCGAGUGGCGAAGAUAGUGCCCAGAUUGAGAUAAUGUUGGCUUCUCCUUCAUCGGAGGUUGAAUCUUUAAUGAAUGAGAACAUUGGCAAUGUUGCCACGAGUAUUGCUCCAGAUGGGCGUAAGAGUGAAAGCUUGCAAGGGGAAGAUGAUAGUAUGCUCUUGAAUCAUGAUGAAUCACUUGAGCUUAACUUGCAUAAUAUUGAACUUGGAGAAAUGCCAGCAAUCAGCGGGGAAGAACAGGAAUCUGCCAAAAGUAGUGAUGAGAGGGAAGAAAUCUCAAUGACAGAAUUUUGCCUUUAUUCGGGUGCUGCUUCACUGCCACAUCCCUCUAAGGUUUUGACAGGUGGAGAGGAUUCUCAUUUCAUCACCCAUCCGAGAUGGCUAGGUGUUGCUGAUGGAGUUGGCAAGUGGUCUAUGGAAGGAACUAGUGCUGGAUUAUUUGCCCAAGGAUUGAUGGAUAACUGCAGAGAGAUGGUAUCAACCAGUGAGAGCAAUGCUCUAACUGAUCCUGUUGAUGUGAUUAUUGGAGGUGCUGCAGCAACACAAUAUAUAGGAUCGUCUACAGUUUUGGUUGCAUGCUUCGAUGGUCAGGUCUUAAAUGUGGCAAAUAUAGGAAACUCAGGUUUUAUCAUAAUUAGAGAUGGCAUAAUUUAUAAGAGAUCUUCUCCGAUGGUUCAUGAGUUCAAUUUUCCCGUGCUGAUAGAAGGAGGAGAUACUCCCUCAGAGCUUAUGGAGUGUUACAGCAUUGAGUUGGAUGAGGGGGACGUGAUUGUGUCUGCAACUGAUGGUCUCUUCAACAAUCUCUACGAGCAAGAAAUAGCUUCCAUCAUCCGCAAGUCCUUGCAAUCUGGUUUAAGUCCUCAGGACAUAGCAGCACUAUUGGCUGCUAGAGCACAAAAGGUGGGACAAUCAAAAUCUGCAAGGACUCCAUUUGCAGAUGCAGCGCAUGCAGCUGGUUAUGUUGGUUAUACUGGUGGCAAGCUCGACGAUGUUACUGUAAUCGUGUCAACGGUCGAGAAGAGAUCCAGCUCUCGGCUGUAGGACGAUUCAUCUUUUUGAAUUAAGCCAAUGGCAGUUCAAACUCCUCUUUGUGCUCCUGCAAGAUUUUUUUUCCCAGGUUCUAUUUAUCUUGAUCUGAGGAAAGAGUUUGCGCAAUACCAAUUGGAAAACGUCCAACAUCAUCCUUUCUUGGUUCACUUCCCUGCUAUUUCAGUUUCUCAGGCCAAAGAUUCAUCGAUAAAGUGGCUUUCCAUUUCUUA